AUGAAACUUCUAGAGGCUGGUGUGAUCUAUGUCAUCUCUGAUAGCAACUGGGUUAGCUCUGUUCAUGUAGUUCCUAAGAAAUGUGGAAUAACUGUCAUAACAAAUGAAAAGAAUGAAUUGAUCCCUACUCGAACUAUCCCAAUCCACCCAGAUGAUCAGGAGAAGACAAUGUUCACAUGCCCAUACGACACGUUUGCCUACAGGAGAAUGUCAUUCGGCUUGUGCAAUGCUCAUGCGACCUUUCAACGUUGCAUGAUGGUGUUGCAGCGAUGCGAGGAGAAAGAUCUGGUGCUCAAUUGGGAGAAGUGCCACUUCAUGGUUAAGGAUGGGAUUGUUUUCGGGCACAAGAUCUCUGAGAAGGGGAUCGAGGUUGACAAGGCAAAGAUUGAGGACUUCUCGAUGAUCGCAAGACCACUCACUAGGUUGCUCUGCAAGGACACCAAGUUCAAGUUCGAUGGUGAUUGUUUGGCUGCUUUCCACACGAUAAAAGGAGCCUUGAUCAGUGCACCAGUCGUUCAGCCUCCAGACUAG